AUGGCGAACUCGAAAGAGAACACUCCCACCGGGAGCCCGUCUCCCUCAGAAGAAAACUUAAGCGACAAGAUCCGUCUCGCCGCGAAGAUCGACUUCGCCGCAACGAUCUCCUCCGCCAAGAAAGGACGAGAGCCCCCUCCGUCCGCACCACGCCGCUCGAGAAAAUCUUCCUCGAGCGACAAACCCCGCAGCUCGAAGAAAUCCUCCUCGAGCGAGAAGAUCCUCAAACUCAUGGAGAAUCUCGUCAAGCCACUCGCCGACGGUUUCGAGUCAAUGCGAGCACAGCAGAAAAAGACUCAGGAACAGGCGACUUACCACCAAGAGCUCGAACGGGUGAAUCGUCGCCUCGACGAGGUCGAUUCGAAAGUUCAUCGCGCCACCAGCUCAGCUCCGGAAUUGACGAAAGCACUCGCCGACACCCGAAGAAGCCCGCUCACCCGCAGGCUCCGCCAGAUUGAGCUACACGAAAGAGUUCGACUCAAAAUCGACUCUUACACCGGCGAAGAAGACCCCAAGAAGUGGCUAACCGCGUUCAACCUCGCCAUGAGGAGGGAGAAAUACAAAUCUUACGAUGAAAGGGAGGCCAACUACUGUCAAGUAUUCGUCGAGCACAUGGCGAAAGAUGCCUUGACCUGGUUCUCUAACCUCCCCGCCGAGUCGAUCGAUAACUUCGACGACCUAACCAAUGCUUUUCUGAAGCAUUACUCCAUGCACAUGACCCGAAUCACUCGGAACAUGUUCACCACAACGCAAACCCAAGGCGAACCAUUGCGCAGCUUUAUGGAAAGGUUCAAACAAGCAGCUCGCGACACUGGCGACAUGCCCGAUAGCGUCCCGCUAGAAGCACUCCGCAACGGCCUCUGGUACGACUCCAAGUUCAAGGAGGAUUUGUCACUAAAACCCCCUGCGACUCUGGAGGACGCGUUCCACCGCUCUCGGAACUACAUCUUCCUCGAGGAAGACCAGCGCUUCUACGCCGAGAAACAUGGAGAUAGGAGGGCAACCUCGACGAAACCCAGAGAGGAACCCAUGGAGGCACGAAAAAGAUAUAAUCCAAAAAGAUCACUCCUAACGGCGUUCGCAGCAGCCGACAACGAGCCCGAGCAGGAACCGCAUCACAUCAAGAAACGGGCAACAGAUGUCGCGACGCCGAUCUCGACGACUCUGACACGUUUUGCCGCCUCCACGGAACCGCAUGAAUACGCAGCGGUGGAGCACGAUCGCAACCCGACCCGCGAAGAAAUCCCCACUAUCAUCUUCACGGAUCAAGAUACGGCGGGGCUGGAUACCCCUCACGUCGACCCACUCGUGGUCAGCUUGCACAUCAGUGACUCCAGCGUAGCAAGAAUCCUGAUCGAUACCGGGAGCACGGUGAAUCUAAUCUACAAAGAGACCCUCAACCGCAUGGAAAUCAGCAGAGACCAGAUCAAGCGUUCGUUGUACUCCCUCACCGGGUUCACCUCCGAACACGUCUCCAGUGAAGGCACGAUCCGCCUACCUAUCCACGUCGGCGGAACAACCAAAGCCGCCGAAUUCUUCGUCAUCGAUAAACCAGCCAUUUACAACGCCAUUUUGGGCACCCCAUGGCUCCACGAGAUGAAGGCCGUCGUCUCGACCUUUCACCAAUGUGUGAAAUUCCCGGCACAAUCAGGAAUUUACACACUGAGAGGGAAUCAGGGGGCAGCAAGGUCAUGCUUCCUCUAUGAGCGACGGCUCCGCCUAGCAGCAACAUGCACCGCAAACGAGGAAAUGGAUCCACGCCUUCCAUACCACCAGAGACCAAAGCCGGCCCUCGUCGACGAGGUGAAUAUCGACGAAUCGUCCGGAAAGGUGCGUUGGCAUCGGUGGCGACCUCGACGAGAUAAAAGAGCAACUGGUCACAUUGCUCAAACAGAACGUGCACCUUUUCGCAUGGUCAAUGGCAGAUAUGAAAGGGAUCGACCCGGCAAUCACAUCCCACGAGCUAAACGUGGACUCUACCUACAAACCCAUGAGACAGAAAAGACGCAAGCUCGGCGCCGAUAA